ACUGAACUGAAGCUGAAGUGAACACAAACAAAGGAACAAACUGGCUGAUGUAACCUGAUCCCAGGCAGCCAGGCGUGACAGCUGUGUUUGCAUAUGAAACUACACUUGGUUCCUUAAUGACUGAUAAAACCUGGCACAGAGUGAAAGAAGUGACACAAGGCAGACGUAUGUAUUGUAUCUUUUAUUUUUCUUUACUAUAAUUCUGUGUCUUCUGUCCUGUUACAAAUGAAUUAGUAACCAUCCAGCUAUCUGGUGACAUGGUUAAAUAUUUCUGUCAGUACACAUCAUCAUGUGAAGCUAAGACCAAAUCAGCUGAUUAUAUGGGAUAAUGUUGUCCUCUGAAAGAGGCUCCUGACCACAAAACGUUUGAGAACCUCUUUUUCUGGACUGAGGAGACUGAAGGUUUCCCACUGCAGGCAGAACAGACUCCGUUGGAAGGACUAAAGGCGACUGCAGGUUUUUACCAACAUGGAAAGUUUAACCCUGCAAAGUUUGUCCAGCAUAUGUUCCACUUGGAGAGUAAAAAUGGUGGAUAUAUUACCCUUCCCAAUUCCUUUCCUCACUCCUCAGACCAGACCCUCCUGAACAUCAACCCGGACUCAGCUCUGUAACAAUGAGGAAGAGAACCAAUCCACAGGAAGACUGCUCUGACUUUAAAAGCAGGAAACUGUCUCCUGAUGUGAAGAUCACUGAGGCACCAGAUGCCCCUAAAUCUGAACCUGGACCCAGCUGUGUGUCUUUGAAGAGUGAUCAAUCAAAGUUUUUCAUCUUUAACUUUAAAGGAACAAAACCCGCUCCUGCUGAGAAAGACGGUCAGGAGAGUCUUCAGCAUGACCAGCAGCAUCAAACUGAUCUGGACUCAGUAUUUAAGAUGCUAGAGCACAACAUUAUCACGUUUGUGAAGAACGAGCUAAAGAAGAUGCAGAAUGAUCUGAAUCCAGAUUAUUCGGAGUGUCAGAGGGAUGAAGAGGAGGUGUUUGACAGUGAGGAAGAGAAGCAGAGAAGGAGCAGCAGAGAUGCAUUUCGGAAACUUGCAGUUAACCUCCUGAGAAUAAUGAAACAGGAGGAGCUGGCUGACUGUCUGCAGAGCAAAAAUCCUGAUCCACUUUGUGAGAAUACGAUUAAAUGUAACCUAAAGAAGAAGUUCCAGUGUGUGUUUGAGGGGAUCGCUAAACCAGGAACCCCGAUCACUCUAAAUGAGAUCUACACAGAGCUCUGCAUCACAGAGGGAGGGAUCGGAGAGGUCAACACUGAACAUGAGGUCAGACAGAUUGAAAUGUUUUCCUGGAAACCAAACAGACCAGAAACAGCAAUCAGGUGUGAAAACAUCUUUAAAGUCUCAACUGAAAGAGACAAACCAAUCAGAACAGUUCUGACCAAAGGCGUGGCUGGCAUCGGGAAAACAUUCCUGACACAAAAGUUCACUUUGGACUGGGCUGAAGACAAGACCAACCAGGACGUCCAGUUCAUUUUUCCUUUCCCAUUCAGAGAGCUGAAUUUACUGAAGGAUAAAAAGUUCAGCUUAGUGGGAUUUAUUCAUCACUUCUUUACUGAGAUCAAAGAAGCAGGAAUCUUUAACUUUAAAAAGUUCAAAGUUGUGUUCAUCUUUGAUGGCCUGGAUGAGUGUCGACUUCCUCUGAACUUCCACAUCACUGAGAUCCUCACUGAUGUCACAGAGUCCACAUCAGUGGAUGUUCUGCUGACAAACCUCAUCAGUGGAAAGUUGCUUCCUUCCGCUCACAUCUGGAUAACCACACGACCUGCAGCAACCAAUCAGAUCCCUGCUAAGUAUAUAGACAUGGUGACAGAGGUCAGAGGGUUCACUGACCCAAAGAAGGAAGAGUACUUCAGGAAGAGACUCAGAGACAAGGAAGAGGCCAACACCAUAAUCUCUCACAUCAAGACAUCACGAAGCCUCCACAUCAUGUGUCACAUCCCAAUCUUCUGCUGGAUCACUGCUACAGUUUUAGAGAGUUUGUUAAAAACCAAACAGGCUGGAGGAAAGCUGCCCAAGACCCUGACUGAGAUGUACAUUCACUUCCUGGUGGUUCAGACCAAACUGAAGAACAUCAGGUAUGAUGGAAGAGCUGAGACAGAUCCUCUUUGGAGUCCAGCGAGCAGGAAAAUGAUUGAAGCACUGGGGAAACUGGCGUUUGAGCAGCUGCAGAAAGGAAACCUGAUCUUCUGUGAAUCAGACCUGACAGAGUGUGGCAUUAAUGUCAGAGAGGCCUCAGAGUACUCAGGAGUGUUCACACAGAUCUUUAAAGAGGAGGGAGGAGUGUACCAAAAUAAGGUUUACUGUUUUGUCCAUCUGAGCAUUCAGGAGUUUUUAGCUGCUCUUUAUGUCCAUCUGACCUUCACCAACUCUGGUAUCAACCGGCUGGAAAUGGAACAAAUGGCAUCAGUGCAGACUGGAGAGUCUUUAAUACAAAACUUCUACCACAGUGCUGUGGACAAGGCCUUGAAGAGUCCAAAUGGACAUCUGGACUUGUUUCUUCGCUUCUUCCUGGGUCUUUCAAUACCAGCCAGUUGGGACCUCCUACAAGGCCUGCACACACAAACAGGAAUCAGCUCACAGAUAAAUCAGGAAACAGUCAAAUACAUUAAAGAAAAAAUGAAUGGCACUCUCUCUCCAGAGAAGAGCAUCAAUCUUUUCCACUGUUUGAAUGAAUUGAAUGAUGAUUCUAUAGUGAAGGAGAUCCAACAUCACCUGAGUUUAGGACAUCUGUCUAAAGUUAUUCUCUCUCCUGCUCAGUGGUCAGCUCUGGUCUUUAUCCUACUGUCAUCAAAAACAGGCGUGGAUGUGUUUGACUUGAGGAAAUACUCAGCUUCAGAAGAUGCUCUUCUGCAGCUUCUGCCAGUGGUCAAAGCCUGUAAGAAAGCCCAGUUGAGUGGCUGUAACCUCACAGAGAGAAGCUGUGAAGCUCUUUCCUCAAUUCUAAGUUCCCAGUCCUCCAGACUGAGAGAGCUGGACAUGAGUAACAACAACCUUCAGGACUCAGGAGUGAAGCUGCUUUGUGUUGGACUUGGGAGUCCACAGUGUGCGCUGGAAACUCUCAGGCUGUCAGGCUGUCGGAUCACAGGAACAGGCUUCACCUCUCUGGCCACAGCUCUGCUCUCCAAUCCCUCCUAUUUGAAAGAGUUGGACUUGAGCUAUAAUCACCCAGCAGACACCGGAAUUAAGCUUUUGUCUGCUCAAAAAGAGGAUCCACAUGUGAAACUGGACAUACUCUGUGUGGAGCCUCAAGGAGACCAGUGGAUGAGACCAGGUCUAAGAAAAUAUUUCUGUGAUCUGACGCUGGAUCCAACCACAGCACACAGGAACCUCAAGCUGUCUGACGACAAGAAGGAGGUGACACAUGUGAAAGAAGACCAGCUGUAUCCUGAUCAUGAUCAUAGGUUUGAUAAGUGGCCUCAGCUGCUGUGUACUAACAGUCUGAGUGGUCGCUGUUACUGGGAGGUUGAGUGGAGAGGAGAGGUUCAUGUUGCUGUAGCUUACGGAGGAAUCAGAAGGAAAGGAGAAGAGGAUGAAAGCAGGUUUGGAAGGACUUACCAAUCCUGGAGUCUCUACUGUCGUGAUCAUAUAGGUUACUAUGGAAAUCAUGAUUACAUUGGAAGAGCUAUUCCUCUUCUCCCCUCAGCUGUUUCUCACAAAGUAGCAGUGUAUGUGGACUGUUCUGCAGGAACUGUGUCCUUUUACAGUGUCUCCUCUGACAAACUGAUCCACCUGCACACCUUCAACACCACCUUCACUGAACCUGUAUAUGCUGGGUUUAGAGUGAAGCCUGACUCUAGUAUCCACCUCUGUGCUGACUCAGAAUAAUGGACUUACUGUGGUGUUUCAUACUUUUUCUCACUUAGCUAUUGUAAAUGUUAAAUCUGUCAGAUAAAUUGUCUCAUACAUUGUACAUAUAUUAGUUUUUUUUUCCUGAAAAAAUGUCUGUUAUCAUCUUAUUGUCUGAGGUGCCUAUUUUUCAAGAGCAGUUAUCAGUUUUCUACUAAUAUGUUACAGUUUAAAUACCCACUUUGCUUUAAAAUCUGUUGCAUCAUAAUCAAACACUGUAUUUGUUCCAUUAUACACAUUUUAAUGGUGUUUAGCCUGAUGGAAAAAAUCUUUGGAACAGAAAAUUAAGACAUUUUAGACGUUGUUGGGCUUUGUGAGGAGGAGAGCUGCAGGCUUUAAAUAUUUUGAGUUUGGGCUUCUUUAAUUUUUUACAUUGCAUAACUAUAUAUUUUGUGUUUCUCUCUUUUGUUAUGCAAAUUCAGUAACAAUUCAGUAAAAGUAAUUCCUGGGAAAAGGCAAUAUAACCACCAUGUGACCAGUUUUCUCAACAGUUGAUCCAGAUAGUUCUGGAUUCAUAAGCACCUGGUUGACCUGAGAACCUUCACAGACAUAUUUCUCGACUGAUCAGAAACAAUCUCAGAGAUGGAUUUUUAUUUUGUUUUUGGAAGGGGGGAGGUGGGGGGGUCUAUGUAUAAAAAUACAAUCCUGAAUUGUAACAGAAAAGGGAAGGUGAAGAAAACAGAACUAAGAUGUAAACAGUGGGAUUUUUUCUUGUUGACUUGUUGCAUAUGAAACACUGAGACAGUGUCAGUGUAUAAGGUGUUUACUUCUUCCAUGUAUAUAUGUGUGUAAUUAACUUUAAACCUUUGUCAGUUUAAAUAUUGUCCAAUUGAAUUUAAAAUCAGCUGUUUUUCUAAAUAAAUGAAAAAGGACUUCAUCUGUUAAUGUGUUGCAAUGUUUAUAUAAAACAAUAAAAUGAAACUGUUUAUAUCAGGAUAAACUGUACACUGUGUUCAGA